AUGUACGAUAUCAUUAUUCUGAAGGAGGGUUAUACCAGACCCGAGCCACAUGGUACAAUGCGAGCAUGUGGAACAAUUACCCUUCUGAAGAGCCCCACAAACAAUAUAGUUGUGGAUACGGGAAACCCUUGGGACCGUGAGACGGUUGUUAAGGGUUUGUAUGCCCAGAGUUUGAAUGUUGAUGACAUACAGUAUGUUGUCUGUACCCACGCCCAUAGUGACCACUGUGGUAAUCUCAACCUCUUUACCCGUGCUGUUCAUGUAGUUGGCUUUGACAUUUGUCGACAGGACCAGUUUCAUCUGCAUGACUUUAAACAGGGCAUUCCUUAUGAGAUAGAUGAUGAUGUGGAGAUUUGGCCCACACCUGGACACACAGGCAGUGAUGUCUCUGUUGUUGUUAAGAACACCAACCUGGGAACUGUUGCAAUCACUGGUGACCUAUUUGAGUGCGAACUAGACCUGGAGGACCCCAUGUUAUGGCAAGAACAGAGUGAACGCCCACAUCUACAAGAGCAGAGUCGUAUUGACAUCCUGAAGGCUGCAGACUUUAUCAUCCCAGGACAUGGAGCUAUGUUCCCGGUACCUGUGGAUUACAAGAAGCAGAUGCGUGUGGUCAUGUUGACGGAGGAACACAUCACAACUCCCGACAUGAAAUCCUCCCAUAGUGAAUGUAUUAUUAUUGAAACUGACUAA